AUUCGACGAUAGUUAUGACCUCCCGGUUACGUGCGUUGGGUGGAAGAAUUAAUAUACGCACUACAGAAUUACCCAAAGAGAAAACUCGAUCUGAAGUUGUCUGCAGCAUCCGCUUUUUAGAUGGCUUGGUACAGACCUUUAAAGUUAAUAAACAAGAUACUGGCCAAGUUCUUUUGGAGAUGGCAUACAGUCACCUGGGUGUAACUGAAAAGGAGUAUUUUGGCUUGCAACAUGGCGAUGACUCGGUGGACUGUGCUAGAUGGCUUGAAUCAAGCAAACCCAUCAGGAAACAACUGAAAGGAGGUUUCCCCUGUACCCUGCAUUUUCGAGUACGAUUUUUUAUACCUGAUCCCAACACGCUGCAGCAGGAACAAACCAGGCAUUUGUAUUUCUUGCAACUGAAGAUGGAUAUUUGUGAAGGAAGGUUACCCUGUCCUCUUAACUCAGCGGUGGUUCUAGCAUCCUAUGCAGUACAAUCUCAUUUUGGAGACUUUGAUUCUUCUGUGCAUCAGUCAGGGUAUCUUUCCGAUAGUCAGUUCAUCCCAGACCAGAAUGAUGACUUUUUAGCAAAGGUGGAAUCUCUGCAUGAGCAGCACAGUGGUCUAAAGCAGUCUGAAGCAGAAUCUUGCUAUAUCAACAUAGCACGGACCCUGGACUUCUACGGCGUGGAGCUGCACAGUGGGAGGGAUCUGCACAAUUUAGAUCUAAUGAUUGGAAUUGCUUCUGCGGGCAUCGCUGUGUACCGAAAAUACAUUUGCACAAGUUUCUAUCCUUGGGUGAACAUUCUAAAAAUUUCUUUCAAAAGGAAAAAGUUCUUUAUACAUCAGCGACAGAAACAGCCCGAAUCCAGAGAACAUAUCGUGUCCUUCAACAUGUUAAAUUACCGCUCUUGCAAAAACUUAUGGAAAUCCUGUGUCGAGCACCAUACGUUCUUUCAAGUAAAGAAGCUACUACCUCAGGAAAAGAAUGUUUUGUCUCAGUACUGGACUAUGGGCUCUAGGAACCCCAAAAAGUCCCUAAAUAACCAGUAUUGUAAAAAGGUGAUCGGAGGGAUGGUGUGGAACCCAGCCAUGUGGAGAUCCUUAUCGGUGGAGCAUCUGGAAACCAAGAGUCUACCUUCACGGUCCCCUCCUGUUACUCCCAACUGGCGAAGCCCGCGGCUCCGGCAUGAAAUCCGAAAGCCUCGGCACUCUUCCGCAGACAACCUUGCCAAUGAGAUAACGUACAUCACCGAGACGGAAGAUGUGUUUUAUACGUACAAGAGCUCCCUGUCACCAAAAGACAGCGAUUCUGAGGUGUCUCAGAACCGGAGUCCCCACCGAGAGAGUAUAUCCGAGAACAACCCAGCACAAAGCUGCCUGACCCAGAAGUCAUCCAGUUCUGUGUCUCCAUCUUCAAAUGCUCCAGGCUCCUGCUCACCAGACAGCGUCGACCAGCAGUUCUUAGAAGACUACCACAGGGUGACCAAGGGGGGCUCCACCGAGGACUCCAGCCAGUACUACUGUGACAAGAAUGAUGAUGGUGAUGGCUACUUAAUCUUGAUCCGUAUCACACCAGACGAAGAAGGAAAAUUUGGAUUCAAUCUUAAGGGAGGAGUGGAUCAGAAGAUGCCUCUUGUAGUGUCAAGGAUAAACCCAGAGUCACCUGCGGACACCUGCAUUCCUAAGCUGAACGAAGGGGAUCAAAUCGUGCUAAUUAAUGGCCGCGACAUCUCAGAACACACCCAUGACCAAGUGGUGAUGUUCAUCAAAGCCAGCCGGGAGUCCCACACGAGGGAGCUGGCCCUGGUGAUCAGGAGGAAAGUUGUCCCCUCAUUUGCUGACAUCAAAUCUGAAGAUGAACUGAGCCAGCUUUUUCCCGAGACCAUUUUCCCCAUGUGUCCGGAGGGUGGGGACACUUUAGAGGGAUCCAUGGAACAGCUCAAGAAGGGCCUUGAAAGCGGGACAGUGCUGAUCCAGUUUGAGCAACUCUACAGAAAGAAGCCUGGUCUUGCCAUCACAUUUGCAAAGCUGCCUCAAAAUUUGGACAAAAACCGAUACAAAGAUGUGCUGCCUUAUGACACCACCAGGGUAUUACUGCAGGGAAAUGAAGAUUAUAUUAAUGCAAGCUAUGUGAACAUGGAAAUUCCUACUGCUAACCUUGUGAACAAGUACAUCGCUGCUCAGGGACCCCUGCCACAUACCUGCGCACAGUUUUGGCAAGUAGUUUGGGAUCAGAAGUUAUCACUCAUCGUCAUGUUGACAACUCUCACAGAGCGAGGACGUACCAAAUGUCACCAGUACUGGCCCGACCCUCCUGAAGUAGUGGAACAUGGCGGCUUCCACAUCCGGUGCCAGUCAGAGGAUUGCACCAUCGCCUACGUAUUCCGAGAAAUGCUCAUCACCAACAGCAAGACAGGAGAAGAGCACACGGUCACGCAUCUCCAGUAUGUUGCAUGGCCUGACCACGGUGUUCCUGAUGACUCUUCAGACUUUUUGGAAUUUGUAAACUAUAUGCGGACCCUGAGAGUAGACAGCGAACCUGUCUUAGUUCAUUGCAGUGCUGGAAUAGGUCGAACUGGUGUGUUGGUCACUAUGGAAACCGCCAUGUGCUUAAUUGAGAGGAACCUGCCCGUCUACCCACUGGAUAUUGUCCGGAAAAUGCGAGACCAGCGCGCCAUGAUGGUGCAGACAUCAAGCCAGUACAAGUUUGUAUGUGAAGCAAUUCUUCGUGUGUAUGAAGAAGGCUUAGUUCAGAUGCUGGAACCCAGUUAAGACAACUGUGAAAGCAUUCAUUCCUCUUUCCCAAGGACAUCCUCCUAAAGGACAGACCUUCUCUCCAGAAGCAGCAAGAGGAAUCCGUGUAGGCUGUGGGAAAGGAAUGAGCACAUUGAACGCAGGCACUUUAAAUUUCUGUAGAAAAGGUAUCAUGUACAUAUGAGCUAUGUAGAUACGCAUGCCAACAUGUAUAGCAUCACUUAGACCCGUUAUCCCUACAGAAAAAAGAUAAGAAAAGGGAAUCUCAGUUUGGGGCCUGUCCUGUUGCCUUCUAUUGUAGACAUUACCAUACCCCUGUAAGCCACCCUCGGGCAUUGUCGAAGGAACACCAGGAGUGCUGUUGACCUCCAGGAAACAUGAUCGUGUGGUUAGUUAGGCUUGUGUGGAUGUUCUCUGUGCAGAUGUGUACAGGAGUACUAGGGCUGCACUUUAUGUGCUUCUAAGUGGAGCCAGAGUUUCAAGUCCACACACCUCUGCUGUUAAGGAACCCCUGAUGAAUGUACUCCGAUGAGCAGUACCUUUCCUGCCCUCUCUUCCCCUGUCCUGUCUUCCUGCCACUGCCACUGAUCAUGUUUCUGAGAAUCAUGUCCCAGACGCCCCCUGCUUUCUCCCUGCACCAGUGACCCCUUUCAGGUUAUAAGUAGUGCCUGCACCGGAAUUCUGAUGCUGCAUUCUGGUGAAUUUUCAGUUGAGGCUCUGAGAACUAGGACUCUCGGUGCCUUCUUGUCAUCUUGUUUGUUAGUUUUAGAAGCAGGUGUCUCUCGCCUUUGCGUGCCGCUUUCUAGACACUCGGAAUCCAGGACUGGAAUCACUUACUACUGAAUCUACUACAUGUGUUGCUGCUACUUCAAGCUGUUAGACUUGAAAUCUUAUGAUUCUCAUGAGGGGAUACGAGAUGAUAUCAUUUAAAUAUUCAGAAUCUGUGGCCCUUCUCAGAAAGAUCCAGUAAUUGAACCAUGGGAAACCCGGCUUCUGGAGGGUCAUCUGUGGGUGUAUGUCUGUGUGCGCGUGUGCCCAUGGGUGAGUGUUUCUCAGGAUUCCUAACUAUUCAAAUUACAGUUGAGUUUAUAUAAAGAAUGAGUCUCUGUAUAGAAGAACAAAUGUGUGCAUUCACCCUCAGUUGCAAUGGUCUCCAUUUCAUUUCAAAGGAGAGGAUCAGACUUUCUGAAUACAAACACAAUUUGAUGUUAAUUUAUUCUAAGUACACCAUGAUUUUGAUUGUCCUUAA